CGGUUCCAGCCCCUUCCGUCCUCUCGGCCCCGCGGCUGUCCUCCGCCGGCCCCGCGUGGGAGGACGAUGGGUCAGCGCGGAAAAAGCGAAUGAGGGCGGCGGCGGCGGCAGCGCGCGCCUGACUCGGCCGGGCCCGAGCGCCGCCCGCGCCCCCCGCCUGCCGGCUCCAUGGACUCGCCGCGCGCCUCGGCGGCUAAGCCCCCCACCGGGAGGAAGAUGAAGGCUCGCGCUCCCCCUCCUCCUGGAAAGCCCGCCACCCCGAAUGUGCAGAGCAGGCAGAAACCUCACCGAGAUGUGUCGCCGGGCCCUCACCAGAAUCUGCUCACCAUGAAGGAGAACCUGCGGAACAGUGCAGUGGACGUGACCGUGGUUCUGCCCAGUGGGCUGGAGAAGAAGAGUGUGGUCAAUGGGAGCUACGCAAUGAUGGACCUGCUGGUUGAACUUUGCCUUCAGAACCACCUGAAUCCGUCCCACCAUGCCCUUGAGAUCCGGUCUUCAGAAACCCAGCAGCCUUUGAGUUUUAAGCCAAAUACUUUAGUUGGGACUCUGAAUGUGCACACUGUAUUUCUGAAAGAAAAAGUUCCUGAAGAGAAGGUUAAGCCUGGCCCACCUAAGGUGCCUGAGAAGUCUGUGCGUUUGGUAGUGAACUACCUGCGAACGCAAAAGGCAGUUGUGCGUGUGAGCCCUGAGGUCCCGCUCCAGAACAUUCUUCCUGUCAUCUGUGCAAAGUGUGAGGUCAGCCCAGAGCAUGUGGUGCUUCUCAGGGACAACAUUGCUGGGGAGGAGUUGGAGCUGUCCAAGUCCCUGAAUGAGCUGGGGAUAAAGGAGCUCUACGCGUGGGACAACAAGAGAGAAACCUUUAGAAAAUCAUCACUUGGCAAUGAUGAGACAGACAAAGAGAAGAAAACAUUUCUGGGAUUUUUCAAAGUUAAUAGAGGAAGCAAUAGUAAGGCCGAGCAGAUCGGGCUGUCGGGGGUGGACAGCGAUGAGGACGCCUCAAGGUCGGCGUUAGGAAGGGGCGAGGACCAGGGCUGUCUAACUACCCCGAACUCCCCGUCCGUGAAUUCCCGUUCCAUGACGUUGGGUCCAUCCCUCUCGCUCAGCAACAUCUCAGGGGUGUCUGUGAAGUCGGACAUGAAGAAGCGCCGGGCCCCUCCGCCUCCUUCCCUGCCUGGUGCGGGGCUACCUGCGCAAGACAAGGCAUCAGAGAAGGCAUCUCUGGGGUCACAGAUUGAGUUACAGAAGAAGAAGAGGCGGGCGCCAGCUCCCCCUCCGCCACAGCCCCCACCGCCAAGCCCCCUGGUUCCCACCCGCACUGAGGACAGGGAGGAGAACAGGAAGAGUGCAACGGGUGUUGGACGGCAGGUGCCACAAAAGCCUCCCAGAGGCACUGCUCGGGGGCCCCCCCAGUUAGUGCUCCCCCCGCCCCCACCCUACCCUCCUCCUGACACAGACGUGGCAGAGCCUCUCGGCUUUCCUGGGGAAGGUGCUGGUUCCGAGGCCUCCGACCUGAGACCCACACUGAGCCUGCCCCUGGGGCCCAGCAGUCCCCGCAGCGUGGACGGGGUCCCACCAGUGCUGCCAGACGCCGAGGAGACUGUUUCUGUCAGCAGCUGUUUUGCGUCUGAGGACACAACUGAGGACUCAGGAGUGAUGAGUUCCCCCUCAGACAUCAUCUCUCUGGAUUUCCAACAUGACAGCAUGAAGUUCAAAGAUAAGUGGGCCACAGACCAGGAAGACUGCAGUGACCAGGACCUAGCUGGAACCCCAGAACUGGGUCCCCAGAAGAGCCCCUCGGGGGAGAGGAACGUCUCUGGGAACUGGCAGCCAAGAACUGAAAAAGCGGUUAUAGCCUCAAAUAAUGAUGAAGACCUAUUUGUGACUGGACAGUUCCAGAAAACCCUUGCAGAGCUUGAUGAAGAUCUGGGAGGAAUGGAAGAUAGUUAUGAAACCGACACCAGCUCUCUAACCAGCUCCAUAAAUGGUGUGUCUAGUGGCUGCAAACGAGAUGCCAUCAUCGCUGACAGUGAUGCAGACGCAAUCCCAGUAACGUUCAUAGGGGAAGUGUUAGAUGAUCCUGUCGAUGCGGGGUUGUUUGCCAAUAGAAACAACAAUGCUGGUUCUUUUGACAAGGGGAGUGUAACCAGCAGGGGAGCCCACCUGCUGCCGUAUCAGGCUGAGCACAGCCAGCAACAUGGAAAGAAGGGGGCAGAAGUACCUGAGUCAUCCGCUCCUUCCCAGGACAGUGGAAAAGAAAUCAAAUCAGCCUGGUCCAACACUUGUAAAGAUGUGAAUCCGAAUAAAAUGGAGCCCAAGGCAACGUCUGCUUCGAAGCUUCCCACACAUGACUUAAACACAAAGGAGAGAGGCGAGGUGCAUAGCUCUGCUCACAGUGGGGAGACACAGGCCAUCAAGAGAGUGAAUUCACAGCCAAUGAAGGAAAAGGAGCGCAAUGAUAAAAAUGAUGUCUCGGCACCGCUGUCCUGGCAUCAACGAGGCCAAAAUGCAGGAGGAAGUUAUGGACUUAAAUACGGCCUCACAACAUAUAAAAUUGUCCCUCCAAAAUCAGAGAUGAGGUGUUACGACAGAGGAGUAUCGCUCUCAACAGGAGCCAUUAAGAUUGAUGAGCUAGGGAAUCUGGUGAAUCCCCAUGCCAAUGGGGGCAGGACCAUAGUUCUGUCAUCCACGCUUGAAACAGAAAGCCAACCCAUUGGAAAAGUCAAAGAAUUCUGGAGGUCCAACUCUAUGGAAAAACACCCUGGCCAGCCCACAGAGUGCUCGGCCAAGAGGACCCCCAGCCCCACCAUGCCAGUGAAAAUACCACAUCAAGAAAGCAGACUCAGAGCAGAACCCACCUUUCCAGACUCCAAAGUGACAUCACCCCAGCAGCAGUCUGCCCACCAAGAAGAUGGGAGACGUCUAGAAGAGGGGAAGAGCUGGCCACCCUCUGCAGUCACUUGUCACAUGAAAGUGCCAGCAGCUAACACCACACAUAUCCCAUUUCUCAAGCCUCAGAGAAGAACAUCCAGUCACUAUGUGGCCUCUGCCAUUGCCAAGCGGAUAGGGACCCCAAAAGCCCGCACCAACGUGGUGAGGAAGCAUGAUGGUGUCCAGAAGACCCAUGAAGGCAGAGCGCCAGGGCUAACUGGACAACCUCCCACUAUGAAAGAUGGUACCACCCCCAGCCCAUACUCAGAGACACAGGUUCGUAAUGAUGGGCAAGAAUCAGUGGAAGGAGCCCAUCCCAAAGGGCAGGUCAGCAGCCCCUGUGGAAAGUUGUCUACUCAAGACUGUCCUACUGGCAUCCCCAGACGUUCCUAUGUCCCUCCAAUCACAACUCCCCAGAGGGAUCAUGUUUCUGUGGGACAGAGCUGUGGCUCCAGUGGAAAACAAAGUACAAGUAACCACAGGACCAGCUCAGCAUCUGACCCCGAAUGCCCGCCAGACAGUACAAAUCCCCCGCGUCCACGCUCAGGAAAUGAUCAGACUCCUGACAGGGCCCUGGUGAAUGGCUCCAGAUGGGUCCCCAUCCACAGUGAGCUUCCUCACUCUCCGAGAGUGUCUGGCACAAAUGGCCAUGCUGGACGGGAGCCCCUAGAACGGGAGGAGAAGCCCAGUUUGUUAUGCACAGAUGUACAUGAAACCGAUGGUACACUGCCACCCAGCAUCUUUGGCCCAAAGAAAAAAUUCAGACCUGUUGUCCAGAGACCAGCACCAAAAGACACGUCCCUGCACAGCGCCCUGAUGGAAGCCAUCCACUCGGCAGGAGGGAAGGACAGCCUUCGCAAGACUGCAGAACACAGCUCAGAGGGAGGGCCAAAGAAACCAUCCUACACGGAGGCAGAGAGCCAGCACUCAGCUCUGCUGGCAGCCAUCCGUGGGCACAGAGGAGCCUGCAACCUGCGGAAGGUGACAUCCUUCGCCUCGGAGGAGCUCCAGAGCUUCCGCGACGCUGCGCUGUCUGCACACGGGUCGGAACCCCAGGGGCUAGAAGACCUUGGCAUUCAACCCCUGCCACCCCCACCCCCUCCAGCCACCCAGGCUCCCUCCACGUCCAGGACAGCGUCCAGGUCCAGCUCAGGCCCCCUCAACAACCCAGUGGAUGCCAGGCAGGCCUUGAUGGAUGCCAUCCGCUCUGGCACGGGGGCUGCGAGAUUGAGAAAGGUGCCGUUGCUCGUGUGAAUCACUAACAAGAUCAGAUUGUGGCAGAAACCCACCUGUAAGACGUCCACAAUCACCACUCAAGGACCCCAUUGUGGCAAGGGGCAUCAGGAUUUGGUGUACUUUCUUGUCUACGGGCCAAAACUCGCACAGUUCAUUUUCAGUCCUGUAUAAUGGUUCAAAGGGAGGGGGAAGUGCUGCUCUGCUCCGUGGCUUGUGUGCCAAGGAUAUGUAUUUGCCUCUGAAUAUUUAAAGUUGCCAAUAACUAUUCUUGUUGGCAGGUUAGUGGGAGUAUAAGCGUUGGAGCCCAACACUACACUUAAUGAUACUGAUGGGCGACGUGGAAAGAAUCAUGUCUUAGGCCGAUUUUGGACCUUUGAGAUUUUUACCACAUAUAGGUGGUUAAAACCAUUUAGUUGUUUAAAAUCUUUUGAGUUCUAGGAAAAAUAUAUAAAUCAAUGGAAACAAUCUGAAUGCCAUGCUCUACAUGAUGCUCCAUGUUUUGUAGUAAGAAAGAAAGAUGCAGGAGGCUUUUUCAAAUGUGACUUUGUUGAGUAAUGAAACUAUUGGAUUUUUAUUCCUCAGAAAUUUGGGGUUGAAACCUCAUGUGGGUAGCAGACCAUGAUCUGACCAAUUAAGCUUUUAAAAAUCAACUAUUAUCACCCAGAAUAACAAUCAUGCUUGAUGUGUGGACAGGACGUUUCUGAGUUUUCCAAUAGGUAGCAGUGGCUGAGAUCAGAAUGACAUUGGAGUGGGUGAUCAGUGCCCCACUUGGACACUGUCCCCAGGGGGCUGUGAAGUAGCAUGGGCCUCCCCCAGGAGGGCUGUGUAUGGAGCCCGGUAACAUCCUUGGAGAUCCUUCCUGCACAGGGCCAGGAGCAGAAAUGUUGGGUGUCUGCAUGUUGCCAAGAUCAGAUCAAAAUUGUGCAAAUAUUUCAUGAUUUGUGUUCGGUUUUCACGUUCUUGCCUAACGGAUCAGGGCUCCUCUUGUCUCAUGUGGCAGUCUCUCGUGGCACACGGUUUUCAGCCACCAGUAUUUGUAGUGAAGUUUGACUACAGCAGGAGUUUUUCAAUCCAUCUCUAAAAUGUUUUGUUAUAUUGAAAAAAGCUCUCUAAGAGAUCGGUAGAAAUAAAGAGGAGGUCAUGAAAUAAAAUCUCUGUCUUAAUAAAACAACAGCUAUGGUGAGAUCAUUCAGGCGCUAGGUAGAAUUGAACCUUCGCUCCGUGUUGUCUGAUGAAGGUCGCUCCCCUUCCCGGUGCGGCAAGAGCACCCAGCCAAUCGCUCUUAAACCACACUGUCUCUACGAUUUGUCUUUGAGUGCCACAAAUAAAAUAAAAUGAAACUGUC